AUGAUUGGUGGGUCUUCGGAGCUGGGCCGAGGUGGGUUUGUCAUGCCAGGCUGGUCUUCUGUGUCAUGCAACAUACGAGUGACUCAACCGCACUGUACACAGGCACUUCCCAGCGGCAUUGAAGUAGAGACCAACAUGGCUACAGAGGGGGAGUUUGUAACUGUGAAGGCAUUCUUGCCCUCAGUCCCACUUCCCGCAAAUAGCGAGCGGCCAGCAAUAACAACGGACCGCUUACUCCUCCGCGCCCUCCAACCAACCGACUUGGAAGCAUUACAUGUCUUGCGCACACAAGAAGAAGUCAUGAAAUGGACAAAGGCUCGAUGUAUCGACGAAAGCAUUGAGAAGACCAAAUCCAAACUGGAUCCUUUCCUGCCACCAAACGAUCUUAUCACCGCCAACUGCGCCAUCUGCCUAAAGGAAACGGGCGAGUUUAUCGGCAUUGGCGGCUGUCAUCUCUAUCCGUCAAGUCAUGGGUGGCCUGAGAUUGGAUACAUGCUUCGGACAGACGCUUGGGGGAAAGGCAUUGCAACGGAGUUCUUGAACGCCUGGCUACGGUUUUGGUCUGAUUUACCUCGGACAAAGCGGGAGAUCCGAGUUCGGAAAGAAAUGGUCGUCGGGGAAGGAGAAGUGGAUGAGCACCUUAUUGCUGUCACAGAAGCAAGCAAUAACGGAAGCCAGAGGGUACUGUUGAAAUGCGGGUUUGAGCGAUUCCACGAGUUUGCCGAGGUGGACGAUACCAACACCGUGCAUCUGGUUGCUUUCCGUUUUCUUCCACGGCGAUAG